CCAUAAGAUAAUAAAUUGUACUAGUCACGGUCUCUUACAAGAUUUCUUGUUAAUUGUUAAUUUAUUAUCAAUUCAUAAUUGCCCCUAGUUGCUAGUCGGUUUACUUGAAUUCAAUAAUUGCCCCUUUUUGCUAGUGAGCUACUUUAUAAAAUUCCUAGCAGAUAUUUUCGACCUUUUUGCUCAUCUUUCAACUCCGAAAACACAGAAUAAAAUGGCUUCCAAAGAUGAAUACGAGAGGAUUGCGGUGGUCACCGGAGCUAAUAAGGGCAUUGGAUUUCAAAUUGCGACGCAGCUGGCGGCGGCUAAAGGAACGGUGGUUUUGACUGCAAGAGAUGAAGGAAGGGGACUUGAGGCUAUUUCAAAGCUUCAUAAGCUAGGCUUUUCAAAUGUGGUGUUUUAUAAAGUGGAUGUUACAAAUAUUAAUAACAUCAUAUCAUUGGUUGGUUUCAUUAAGGAAAAGUUUGGAAGACUAGAUAUCUUGGUGAACAAUGCAGGUACUACUGGGAUGGAAGUUGAUGAAGAAGGAUUAAGGGCCUUAAACAUUGAUCAAGCCACUUGGAUAUCUGGGAAAGCAGCCAAUUUGGUGAAAGAUGUAAUGCAAACAACAUAUGAGAAAGCAGAAGAGUGCUUUAACACCAAUUACUAUGGCACAAAAAUACUCACUGAAGCUCUGCUACCAUUGUUAAACCUUUCAACUCACCGCGCAAGGAUUGUUAAUGUCUCUUCCCUUAGAGGAGAGUUAUGGAGAAUUCCUAAUGAAAAGAUAAGAAAUGAAUUUCUGAGCAUAGAGAGUUUGACUGAGCAGAGGAUUCAUGAAUUACUGCAAAGCUUCUUGCAAGAUGUGAAACAAAAUAGACUGAUAGAGAAUGGAUGGCCCUUGAUGUUGCCUGCAUAUGGGAUUUCUAAGACAGCAGUGAAUGCCUACACCAGGCUUCUUGCUAAGAAACAUCCUACAAUGUACAUAAAUUGUGUGCAUCCGGGAUAUGUGGAUACAGAUUUAAGUUGGCAUACUGGACCAAUGAGUCCCGAAGAUGGAGCAAAAGCACCUGUCAGAUUGGCCCUCUUACCUGAUGGUGGCCCAACAGGAUGCUACUUCGACCAGAUGAAUGUAGCCAGUUUCUGAUCGUAUUAUAAAGGUUAUUUAUGUUACUUGAACUCAAAAACUCGUGUCAGAUACAAGAAUAUGCUUCGUGUCAUCACGCUAAGUAUUUCAUUAAUAAUGAACAAUGUGUUCUUAAAAUUUA